UUAACCACUUCCUGUCCGGCCAUUGUAUAUAAACGGCUGGACGGUGGCAAUGCAGGGCCGGGUGACCCUGCUUCACCGAGAUCCGGUGCCCGCUGUGUCCUCCGGACACAGUGGAACAACGAUCGUUGGAUGGGACCUCUGUGCGAGGUCCUGAUCAUGUGGUCACUGAUUGGCCAAUCAGUGAUCACAUGCAGAGUAGUAAUCAAGAUGUCACUUGUAACAUCAUUACUUACUACGUGUGAAAUCUGUGAAUGUUCACAGAGGUCACAUGGUACAGGG